AUGACCAUCGUAACAAUCAUCAACGCCCCACCAACAUCCAUCUCUCCCAACGAACACCGCGAACGCACAGCAGAGACCCCAGCGUCAUUCUCAGACAUCCCUCCUGUCCUUCGCCACAAGGAAGAAAACGCCCGUGUUGUGUUCGACCCGCCUGUAGAAGGGUUAACUGAGGAGGAGUUGAAGAAGGGUACGGUUUACAUUGUCGAGAGUGUACUAGCGUUCAUCUCCGAAUCCUCAGGCCGCGGCUUCCAAAUCGAAUACCCAUGCAUCAUCCUCCACGCAAUCUCGCGAAGCAACGACUCCCCUCCAUGUAUAUACUGUCAACUCGGUGAAUCAGCCGCCCAACGACAAAACAACAACAACGGAGGAGGCGAUGAAGAAGAUGAACAGAUAGACCUGCGCGAGCUAAGCAUAUUCCCCGAAGUCGAGGACUCUCUCGACACGCUCUACGAAGCCCUCAUGCACUGCUCCUCACUCCAUCCAGACCCUUCCUCCGACAGCGACGACGGAGACAUGAUGGACAUCGAAAACUUCGGCUCUUACACCAACCCUCUCGCAAACAAUGCUCAUGACGGCGAUGUCGAUAAAGACGAUGACGCAAUCGUCGACGCAGACGUAGAAGCGAUCCAAACCAUCACCGCACAAAGCAACGUCGACGCAGACGGAGAACUCGAACUCAGCGAAACCGGGAGGGUGCGCAGCGAUUUCAUGAACGAUUCUCGGUAUAAGCCGUACUAAAAUCUGUACCUUCUGCUUUCCUGUCUUAUUUCGGUUUCCUGCAAAAAUGUGAUACGGCUUUGAACUUCUUCCUUUCCUUUCCGUUACUAUUACUAUUUCGCAGGCCAACCUUGAACGUCUCGAGUCACUCAUCCAAGAUCCGCAUGGAGCGCUUGCGAGGGCGGGUGUAGUAAACGGCUUCCACGACGCUGCUGCAGAAGGAUCUGGUGCAGAACGAGAACAAGAACGAUUUGCUGAUG